AUGGUUAACUGCAGAAUCAGCAGCGAUCUCAAAGAAUGUGCACUUCAACUCUGGGAUCACAGAUGGGAACUGAAGGAUAUAUCUGAAGCGCUUGGUAUUUCUGGGAGGAGCUGCUAUUGCUGGCGACAGAUAUUUGAGGAGUUCAGUACUCCUAUGAAGCCUCCCUCUCCACUCAUUGGCCGUACUCGAACAAUCACACGUGCACUUCUGAUGGCUGUUGAAGACCUCUUUGCUACAGAUUCUGAUCUCUUCCUCGACGAAGUCUGCACAUGGCUUGCAGUUGAGUACGAUAUCAUUGUCAGCACUUCCUCCCUGUCACGCAAUCUCAAAAAUGCUGGUCUCACAUGCAAGAUCCUUUGA